AUGAGUAAUAUAUUAAAUAAUGAUUUCUUUAAAUUGGAUAGGUUUCUUUGUAAUAAUGGGAGUGAUGAGGGGGAUAACAGUUUAUUGAUGAUAGGUGUAAAUUUGUUAUUAUUAUUUUCUAUGUUUUUAUAUGGUAUAAAUUAUAUAUUAAUGAAAUAUUUUAUAAAGAUAAAAGGAUCUAUUUAUAUCUUCAUUAUAUUAAGAACAGCUUUAACAAUACCUUUGAUGAUUUAUAUGUUCAUUUCCAAAAAACCAUGUUCUCAAAAUAAAAAAUUAUUAGAUCAGGAUAUGAAAGAAAUUGAUACUGAGAUGAAUAGUUAUGAAAAGGAUUUAGAGCUAGCUAAUCCAAAUGAGGAAAGUAAGACAAGUAGAAAAUAUGGUUGGUCAUCAAAGAAUAAGAAAAAACAUAAAAACAAAAAUACAUCGCAUGGUAAUGAUAAGAGCAAUAAUAAUGAUAAAAACAAUAAUGAUAUUAUUAAUAAUAAUAUAAGUGUAAAUAAAAAUAAAUGUAUACAAAACAAUAUAGAGGAAAAUUCUGGUUGUAAUUUUUUUAAUAAAUUAUUUUGGAAUGAAGAAAAAUUAAUACCAAAGGCAGCUUAUAUGCCUAUGUUAAUAUUAUCAAUAACCGGUGCGUUAAGACAAGUUAUUGUAAUAGUUGCUUUACAAUAUACAGAUUCACAUAAUGUUGCUAUAAUUCAACCGACUAUACCAAUUUUCACAGCUUUAAUAUCUUAUUAUUUAAAAAUAGAAAAAAUGAAUUAUAUAACAGCUUUUUCUAUUUUUUUAUCAUUUUUUGGAUUAGCUAUAACGGCAGAAAUAUGGAACCUUAAAACAUUUGAUUUAGGUUUCUAUUUAUUAUUAACAGUACCUAUUACUAAAGGAUUACAAGUUAUAUAUAUUAAUGUAGCUACUAAAUAUGUAAAUAAUGAUAUUAUACAAUUUUCUCAAAUGUUUUUCUUAUUAAUAAUAACUUUACCAUUUGGAAUAUUAGGAGAAAUUUUUAUUAAUCAAAAUUAUAAUAUUCUUCAAGAAACAUAUGAAUUAAAUAUGAGACAAUUUCUUUGUAUCUUAUAUUCAACAAUAGCUAUCAUUAUCUUAUGUUGGAAAAUACAAAUUAUUGCACUCAAUUAUUUAACACCCAUAACAGUUUCUUUAUACCAAUCCUUUCAACCAUGUUUUACUUUUGUCUUAGCAAGGCUCUUUCUUAAUGAAACUAUAAAUGCUACCAAAAUUAUUGGAACCAUUUUUAUUAUUUUGUCCUUGUUUCUAUAUCAAUAUGGUUGUAACAAACAUUCCAAAAAGUGA